AGUUACUUGCAUUCAUAAACUGUAGUUCUUUUUGAUAGUACCAAAGCUACUCUAGCUCCACCAAGUUUUUUGAUCAAUGGCUUCUGAGUUUCCUAGUUGUACCGGAAACAUCAACAAAGGUCCCGGCGCUGGAGCUUACAACACUGGCUCUUUCUCUGGAAGUAUUAACAAUAACAAGGGACGAAUCACCUUCAAAGCAAGUAGCCAGGAGAGAAUUCCGAUUGACGGUAGUCUGAACAAAGGCACUGGCGCUGGAGCUCACAAUGCUGGCCCUUUUUCCGGAAGUAUCAACGGCAGCGAUGAACCUAUAAAUUUUACUGUUGGAAUUUAAAUUUAAGUAUUACUUAGGCGCCAAUGAAGGUGAACUGGUACUUAAUUAAUGUCUUAUUAAAUAUUAAUAACUAAAUAAUUGCUUU